UCCCCACAACUUCACGAUUCGCCGGCAAGAAAGCGAGAAACGACCCUCUCUUUCUUUCUCCGUCCCUCUCUCGGCCUCUCUCACCACCGCCGGCACCGAUCCAAGAUGCGGGAGAUCCUGCACGUCCAGGGGGGGCAAUGCGGGAACCAGAUCGGGUCCAAGUUCUGGGAGGUGGUGUGUGAUGAGCACGGCAUCGAUCCGACGGGGCGGUACACCGGCAACUCCGACCUGCAGCUCGAGCGGGUCAAUGUCUACUACAACGAGGCCAGCUGCGGGCGGUUCGUGCCCCGGGCGGUGCUCAUGGAUCUGGAGCCGGGCACCAUGGACAGCGUCCGCACCGGCCCCUACGGCAAGAUCUUCCGCCCCGACAACUUCGUCUUCGGCCAGUCCGGCGCCGGCAACAACUGGGCCAAGGGCCACUACACCGAGGGCGCCGAGCUGAUCGAUUCCGUCCUCGACGUCGUCCGCAAGGAGGCCGAGAACUGCGAUUGCCUCCAAGGGUUCCAGGUCUGCCAUUCGCUGGGAGGAGGGACCGGAUCGGGAAUGGGGACGCUGCUGAUAUCCAAGAUCCGGGAGGAGUACCCGGAUCGGAUGAUGCUGACGUUCUCGGUGUUCCCGUCGCCCAAGGUGUCGGACACGGUGGUCGAGCCUUACAACGCGACGCUGUCGGUGCACCAGCUGGUGGAGAACGCGGACGAGUGCAUGGUCCUGGACAACGAGGCCCUCUACGACAUCUGCUUUCGCACCCUCAAGCUUACCACCCCUAGCUUUGGAGAUCUGAACCAUCUGAUAUCGGCGACGAUGAGCGGGGUGACGUGCUGCCUGCGAUUCCCGGGACAGCUGAACUCGGACCUGCGGAAGCUGGCGGUGAACCUCAUCCCCUUCCCCCGGCUGCACUUUUUCAUGGUGGGCUUCGCCCCUCUCACCUCCCGCGGGUCCCAGCAGUACCGGGCCCUCACCGUCCCGGAGCUCACCCAGCAGAUGUGGGAUGCCAAGAACAUGAUGUGCGCGGCUGACCCGAGGCACGGCCGCUACCUGACGGCGUCCGCCAUGUUCAGGGGGAAGAUGAGCACCAAGGAGGUGGACGAGCAGAUGAUCAACGUGCAGAACAAGAACUCCUCCUACUUCGUGGAGUGGAUCCCCAACAACGUCAAGUCAAGCGUCUGCGACAUCCCGCCCCGUGGUCUGUCCAUGGCCUCCACCUUCGUCGGCAACUCCACCUCCAUCCAGGAGAUGUUCCGCCGGGUCAGCGAGCAAUUCACCGCCAUGUUUCGCCGCAAGGCUUUCCUCCACUGGUACACAGGGGAAGGGAUGGACGAGAUGGAGUUCACGGAGGCGGAGAGCAACAUGAACGACCUCGUCUCGGAGUACCAGCAGUACCAGGACGCCACCGUCGACGACGAUGGCGAGUACGAAGAGGAAGAAGAACAAAUCCAGGACGAAUAGGGCCGCUUCCUCCUCUCUCCCUUUUUCUCUCUCUAGAAUUAUUGGUGUUGUUCCAUAUGCAUGUGCUGUCGUAAGGAUCCAGUUGGGCUGUUAUUUCUUUCUGGAAAUUUUCUUUGGUUCGGUGUUGUUUUUUAAUGGGUAGGACGUCGGUGAUGAGUUGGUGCUGCUCUGUUUUCUACCUAUAUGGAAAAAGAAAUGCAUUUAAUUUCUGUGCCAAA